CAGUGUGAAAUUGCGCGCAACCUCGCCGCGAAGAUGGAGGGCCCUUUGUCCGUGUUCGGGGACCGCAGCACCGGGGAAGCGAUCCGCUCUCAGAACGUUAUGGCUGCAGCUUCUAUUGCAAAUAUCGUAAAAAGUUCACUUGGUCCAGUUGGCUUGGAUAAAAUGUUGGUAGAUGACAUUGGUGAUGUAACCAUUACUAAUGAUGGUGCCACCAUCCUGAAGUUGCUGGAGGUAGAACAUCCUGCAGCCAAAGUUCUUUGUGAGCUGGCGGAUCUGCAAGACAAAGAAGUUGGAGAUGGAACGACCUCAGUGGUUAUCAUUGCAGCAGAACUUCUGAAAAACGCAGACGAACUUGUCAAACAGAAAAUUCAUCCCACAUCAGUUAUUAGUGGCUAUCGGCUUGCUUGCAAGGAAUCAGAUAUCACAAAGGAGAGAAUUCAGAAGAUUCUGGCAACCGGGGCCAAUGUGAUUCUUACCACUGGUGGCAUUGAUGACAUGUGUCUGAAGUAUUUCGUGGAGGCGGGUGCUAUGGCAGUUAGAAGAGUCUUAAAAAGGGACCUGAAACGCAUUGCUAAAGCUUCUGGAGCAACUGUUCUAUCAACAUUGGCCAAUUUGGAAGGUGAAGAAACUUUUGAAGCUACGAUGUUGGGACAAGCAGAAGAAGUGGUGCAAGAGAGAAUCUGUGACGAUGAACUGAUCUUGAUCAAAAACACGAAGGCGCGGACAUCCGCAUCGAUUAUCUUACGUGGGGCCAAUGAUUUCAUGUGUGAUGAGAUGGAGCGCUCUUUACAUGACGCACUGUGCGUGGUGAAGAGAGUUUUGGAGUCCAAGUCGGUGGUUCCCGGUGGGGGUGCGGUGGAAGCCGCCCUCUCCAUCUACCUUGAAAACUACGCCACCAGCAUGGGAUCUCGGGAACAGCUUGCUAUCGCGGAGUUUGCAAGAUCUCUUCUUGUCAUUCCCAACACGCUGGCGGUGAAUGCUGCCCAGGACUCCACAGAUCUGGUUGCAAAGUUAAGAGCUUUUCAUAAUGAGGCCCAAGUUAACCCGGAGCGUAAAAAUCUAAAAUGGAUUGGCCUGGAUUUGAUCAAUGGUAAGCCAAGAGACAACAAACAAGCAGGGGUGUUUGAACCAACCAUAGUUAAAGUGAAGAGCUUGAAAUUUGCGACAGAAGCUGCAAUUACCAUUCUCCGAAUUGAUGAUCUGAUUAAGUUACAUCCGGAAAGGAAAGAAGAUAAACGUGGAGGCUAUGAGGAUGCUGUUCAUUCUGGAGCCCUGAAUGACUGACGUGAUUUCCCUUUCAUUUAAUUUAUAAUGAUUUUAGACGUAAUGUCUUGUGGCUUGAGUAUCACACAUUAAAGUACAGCAAGCGGCCAGCUGUGUUGUGUGA